AUGGCUUUUAGAACUCUCACCGACGAAGAUACUUCAAUUCAAGAUAAUGCUAUUCGCGGAACUAAUGAGGAUGCAAUUACAAGUAAACUAUCCGCUGUAAAUGCAGGAUAUAUUCAAGAUGAUUAUUCAUCAUUACAAAAAUUUUAUAAAUAUUUCGAAAUUGAUUUUCCUGAAAUCACUGCGAAAAAAGCCGCAAUUAUUCGGAAAAAUAAGGAAUUAUCAGAGAUUAUUGGUGAUGAUGCUCGAAUAGGUAGAGGAGGUACAGAGAUUUAUGGGUCAGAUUAUUGUUUGUUAUCAGGAGAUCUUCGUGAUUUUAUCGAAGAUUUAGUACCAAGGUUAGAAUCCAACGGUUUUGAUCGCAGCCUAUCAACAUUAUUCUUAUCUGAAUGCGUGAUGAUAUAUAUGGACCCAAUGAACUCAAAUAAAAUUGUGGAAUGGAUUGGGGCAAAUCUAAAUACAGCAAUGUUUAUAGUUUAUGAGCAAAUUUUACCAAAUGAUGCUUUUGGAUCAGUCAUGUUACAAAAUUUAAAAUAUCGAAAUAUAGAACUUCGUGGAAUACAUGCUUAUCCUGAUCUUGAAAGUCAAAAAGAUAGAUAUUUAUCCCGAGGAUGGACUCAUGCUGAAGCUGUUGACAUGAAUGAAAUUUAUGAUAUUUACAUAGAUCCGAAGGAACAUGCUAGAAUAUCAAAAUUGGAAAUGUUGGAUGAACUUGAAGAAUGGCGUCUUCUUGCAUCGCAUUAUUGCAUUGCUUGGGCUUAUAAAGUAUCGAAUGAAUCUCAAAAAGUGUCGUAUGAUUCUGUAAAUUUCGAAAAUUUUAAGAAAAAAUCACCCGAUCAUUCUAUCAAGAAUACAGGGGAUUAA